AACUUGGGGUUGUUGUAUGUAUUGCUAUGCCGUUCGAGCCAUCCUUUGCUGACUAGCGCUAGGGGGAGGAUUGUUUUAUAUAGCUCAAACACCGUACGUCACAUCAAACUUGUUUCACAGCAAAGUCUCAACCGUUGUUGACCUCUUUCAUCUAGCUGCUACAACAUUCUUGUUGCACUGGAAUGGGGUGGGUCUGUGUACUUUUGCUUCGCAGAAGCCAUUCUCAUCUGGCGCCUAUACGCAAUAAGCAAGCGAUCGAAGCUCCUACUUUAUGUUGUAUUAGGGACAUUCCUGCCUAUCGUCGCCCUCUUGAUAGGCACAGAUGUCUAUUUGUAUAGUCGACCUCACGCGUUCUCAGGUGAAUUUUCGCUCAGAUCAGAUUAUCUGUAAGCUGACGUUGUGUCGUUACAAAGUCCAAGAAUUGAUUACUCCGACCGUUAAGUACUGUACCUUUUCCUUCAACAUUGGGCCUAUGACUGCGAUCUUUCUGGCCAUCCCCAUCGUGUGCUAUGAUAUCUUCCUAGUUGUUCUCGCGGUUGUUAUUCUCGCAAGACACGCCAAAGGACAGAGGGAAUACAACAUGCGACCCAAUGCCUAUAUGGUAAUGAUCGUCCGAUAUCAUACCAUGUACUUUGUCCUGAAUUUGACAAACCAAAUUUUAAUGGUGAUAUUAUGGGCCCACAUUCCAACCGCGGGGAUGGAUCUCUCAGAGUUUUUCAGUGAUACGAUGCCAUUUAUUCUCGCGCCCCGUCUUAUUAUCAGCAUUUGGGACACGCACGCAGAGGACGACUGCUUGCUUGUCAGUACGACGUUCGAGGAUUGUGUGUGUUUGACUUCGCCGCCAAGAUUCGAGCAGCACGAGAUGGUCUCUGACAUCCCAUUAACUUUGCACCCUGGGGCGUCUUACGAGUGUGUACACCACGAGCAAUGUUGAAGAGUAGG